AUGGAAACCACGGCACCAAAGGGGGCCUCUGCCCCCGUCUCAAAGCUGAACGCGGCUGCCGCUUCUGCAACAAACAACAACAGCAGCGGCAACAGCAGCAGCAAUGGCAACAGCGGCAACAACAACAAAAAUAAUAAUAAAAGAUUUGGCCGCGGGGAUAACCGGUCUGGCUUCGCCUAUUCUUCUACUGUGCCUCCUCUUGAAGUGUCAAAAGAAGAAAAGGAAGCCUUUACGGAAGAAUGGAAAGAACUGCAACAAGACAACAUUUCUUCUGCCGAUUAUUAUUUUAAUUCUUAUGCUCAUUUCAGUAUACAUGAGGAAAUGAUCAAGGACUCUGUCCGCACAAGCAGUUACCAGCGAGCAAUAGCAGAUAAUGCGCAUUUAUUUCGUGACAAGAUUGUAUUGGAUGUAGGGAGUGGUACAGGGAUUUUAUCUUUAUUUGCUGCUAAGGCAGGAGCAGCACAUGUAUAUGGCAUAGAGUGUUCGGAGAUAAUUCAAAUAGCAAGACAAGUAGCAGCAGCUAAUAACUUGCAAGAUAAAGUUACUUUUAUUGAGGGGAAAGCGGAAGAUGUACAACUUCCUGUCCCUAAGGUCGAUAUUAUUGUCUCCGAAUGGAUGGGAUACUUCCUACUCUAUGAGAGCAUGCUAGACACCGUCAUCUACUGCAGAGACAAAUGGCUAGCCGAAGGAGGCUCUCUCUUCCCUGAUAAAGCCCGUCUCUUCUUAGCUGCCAUUGAAGAUGCCGAUUAUAAGGAGGAGAAAGUAGGCUAUUGGGACAGCGUAUAUGGUCUCGAUUUCUCUUGUGUUAAGAACUGCAUCAUGGAGGAACCCAUCGUAGACAGCGUAGACGAAUCUGCUGUCGCCACAAAUUCAUGCUGUGUCCUGGAAAUUGACUUGGCUACUUGCAGCCCUGAAGAGCUAAACUUUUGUUCUGCCUACAGCAUACAACUGCGUCGCAAGGACUUCCUGCAUGCAUUUGUGGCAUGGUUUGAAGUGGUGUUUAGCCAGUGCCACAAGCCGGUUGUUUUGAGUACUUCUCCUCACUGUCGUUACACCCAUUGGAAGCAGACAGUGUUUUAUAUGCAGCAUGUAUUGGUAGGAGAGCCAGGAGAUAGCGUAAAGGGUUUAAUUGCUGUGCGCAAGAGCAUGAAGCUUAACGCUGCUCCUGCUGCUCCGACUCCUGCUGCUGCUGCUGCUGCCAUUCGCAUGACCGCAGCGCAGCACCAGCGGCAGCUGCAGCCAAGAGCCAUUCAGGUACUCUAA